AUGCUAUCAAAUUCCAAAUCCAAUACCAGAAAGCUCCUCUGUUUUCUCCAUAGUGAUGAAGCUCUUCUCAAAGUCACUAACUUCCACUGAUGUCCGCAGAAGGUUGGCCAUCCCCACCAAGAUUGUGAACUCCUUGUUACCCAACGGAGGUGACCAUGCAGUGGAGUUGCACGUCCGGCAGGGGACCACCGUGUGGCCAAUUACGUGCACAACUCGCAAAAAUGGGUACAAAAAGCCUGCACUUUCCAAAGGGUGGAGACCCUUUGCUCUUAGGAACAAACUAAAAGUGGGUGACGUUGUGACCCUUUACAAGGAGGAAGAUGAAGUAGGGUAUUUGGACUACAGGAUUGAAGUGAAGAGAGCAGAUAAGCCAUCUCUUAAGCACUCUGUUGCCACCGUCAGCAAUUUACCGACCGGUAACUCCGGCGAAACUACUUGCAUAUUACAUCCCAGCUUUGAAGAUGGAGUAGUCAAGCUAGUUGGUGUUUCAGAUGAGAAAGUAGAAAAGCGCUCUUUCAAGCUAUUUGGGUUUAAUGUUGUUGAGAAGCGGCCACUGGCGGACGCCUCCUCCUAUGAAGCCACCGCCGAUAAAACAGAGAUUGGGGCCCAAGAGGAGACUCUAGACUUGACUCUGAACAACAGUCCUUUCUUCUCACCUCCUCCUCCUCUUUCGACGGAAAAAGUCUGCUGUAUCCCCGGAAUACAGCAACGUGGUAUCCCAACCUAAUGGGAAAACACCACAUCAACAAUUUUUUCAGACUUCAUCAAUCCCAAACCCAAAAAACAACUGAUGUGGUGUUUUCCCAUUGGGUUGGGAUACCACGUCUGCUGUAUCCCGGGGAUACAGCAGACUU